AUGGAUGAGGGGUAUGAUCUAAUGAAAGGGGUGCUCGAGUUUUUCUUGGCAGAAGAAGUCAUGCUCCGCUCGAACGAAUGCUUCAAGAAAGAAACAUUGUCUUUUACUCGCGAAGAAGUUGCAACCUCGAAAGCUGAUGACCCCACAGUCCUCGAAGAUUGUGAAGAAUCAUCAUCAUCAUCAUCAUCAUCCGUAAAAGAAGCAAUUUCCGAGCCAUCCAAAGAAGGCUCCUUCGACAAUCCAAGAUUCGGAGAUGAACUCGAGCUGUUCUUUUCUUUCUCGACCGGCUCCAAACUAAUCGACAAAACCGGCUGA